AUGUUGAAAGAGAACCCGCAGAAGCGGCCUAAUAUUUACGAGGUCUUGCGCGAAUCCUGUCACAUGCAAGGGAAGGACGUCCCUAUCCGCGACAUCUAUGCCACUCGUUCCACGUCGGAAGCGCGCCGGUACCAGGAACUACCACCCUCUCCUACCGAUGCCCCUCAAGUGGGUGCCGUAAUCUCUCCUCCGAUUCAAGAGACCCAAACCAACAUCCCUGAGAUUGCGCCGAUGCGACGAGGACGGCCGACACGACCGACGACCACCUCCCAGCAUAACUCUGCGAAACCAAGUCCUUCGCCGUUCCGUGGCGGGCCUUCGUCCGCCGACCCCUUUGCCGUUCUGGACUCGGGAACCGGCCAUAAGUCUCGGAAUUCAACUGACGAGUUCACGAAUCGGUUCCCGUCCCUGGACCAUUUCAAUAUCCUGCACGAGAAAGGAGGAAAGUUUGACUUCGAGCCCAACGCUGCGGACGCGCAGCAGGAGGAUGAAGACCUCGCACGGCGACUUACCAACGCCCUUGCUGACGAUGCUUUUGUCAAACGCCCUGCGUCGGAGAAGGAACUCCCCGAGCCCCCGGUCCAGAGGCGUCCUCAGCCGUCUCCUCUGAAGACCAGACCGACCGAAUCCUUCAAGGAGGAGCCUAUUCGCCCGCAGGUGCCACUGCACCAGCCUGUUCCCCAGAAGCCCACCAUGGUUUCUACGGGUACCAUGACCUCGCCUCCUUCCACGCCGGGGUUGUCCGAAACGAAACGUCCGAUCUACAAGUUCCCGUCGUCUGAUCAUCAACGUCGUCCGUCCAGCCAGCCUUGGUCCGGUGACAACGAGCAACGGCUGCACCGGCCAAGCAAGGCCCCUUCACCCUCACGAUCAUCCUCCAACCUUGCGCCGAACCCUCGAGUUUCCGCCGACCGGAUCUCGGAUCUUUCGUCCUCCUCGUCCCGACCAUCUUUGGAGGGCUUGCGACCGACGAAUUUGGACGUUGAAGAUCCCGUCGGCCGGUCCAAGUCGGCCAACGGCAAAUCUCGGCCGGUGUCGAUGCACGCGGGCACCAAGUUCGAGUCCGGCCGCGGUUCCGAAAGCGCGCGCUCUUCGCUCGACCUGCCCCGACCCUCGUAUGAGAUGGGAGUGCCCUUGCAGCAUGCACGCACGGAGGUGGAUCAAAACUUCGACCGGGCCAACAUCUCGUCCGACAUCGACUACCUGCGGGCGCGCGAAGAGGAGAGCAACCGGAAGCGAGAGAAGCGGUAUAGCGGGAGCUCGAAGCACACGAAGCGGUCCAGUCUUUCUACGCUGUCGCUGUCAGGCACCAAGAACCGGUUUGCCGGCCGAUUCGGCGAGGCGUUCCGCCGAUUCGAGCAGACAAAUUCCGACAGCAAACCUCAGUCUCCCGCGACCGAGGAGAGCCCCAAGCCAUUCAUGUCGGUGACCGCCUCCGAACUGGUCGAGCCUCCGGCCGAAAUCAGCGACGGCGAGAACAACGACAUCUCGCCCGAGAUGCGUCGGGAACUCGAGCGGCGGCGUCUGUCGCAGGAGGAGAAACGGGUCGCCAACGCGGCCGCGGAGUACCGUCGUCAGGUGGCGGAAGGAGGUGGCCGCGGCGAUACGCCGCGAUCGCUUGCCAUUCAGGGACGCGUGAAGAAUCUGCUGGCCGAAGGCAACAAGCCCGCGCCGCCCCCGAAGACCGCGACGGGCUACGGACGGUACACGGACGAGUCGACCAGCGCUUUGCAGGCAAAGCAGGCCGAGGCGCGUCCCGAGCCUCGAUUGAACACGCGGAAUGUCGGCCCGGCCGCGUACGGGUCGCCGCAGACGCAGCCCUCUCCAGGGGCGGAUCGGUGGGAGGUCCCGUCGAAUCUUCCCCGACAAGAGACGGCACGCACGGGCGCGGCGCGACCGGCCGCUCCUCCGAAACCGAAGAACCUGCGGGCGCUGGGGCAGGAGGGUGUGGGUGGUGGUGAUGAUCGCAGUCCCAUCAUGCAGGAAGCGCCCGCCACACCGGGGGAGGACUGGGAGGCCAACUUCAGCCGUCGAUACCCUAGUCUGUCGGGACUAGAGAUGGUGGAGACGGAGAUUGAGGCACCCAAAUUCCCUAGCCUACGAACCAGGGAAGUGUAA